UUAAACUCGAGCUGUAACUGUAACGAAACUUUGUACUAAUAAUUUGUUAUUGUUUUCCGCUUAGUAUUGUAUUUGGCAUUUUGAAUGUUAAAAUUGUUAAAUUGCUCGGUAAAUUUUAGGGUAGCAAGUUCUGCAAUAUGGGAGACAAUUCCAACAAAAGUCACAAUAAGGAAGGCCAAGAAGCGAAGGAUGAAAUAAAUCGUGAAAUUAAGUGCUUAUUUGGCUGGAUUGAUUCAUUAGACAGGCAAGCGCUGCUCAGACAGUUAAGCAGAAAUAAUCUCCCUACCAAUGGAUCUGUUGAAUGCCUAAAGUCACGCUUAAAGAGUUUCAUGGAAAAAAGAAAAUUAGCAUCAUUUGACAAUUCCUACAACAAUGUAAAAACUUUGUUCCCGUACUAUGUCGUUUUGGAUUUUGAAGCAACAUGUAAUGAAGUAAACCCACCUGAUUUUGAACACGAGAUCAUAGAGUUUCCAGCUGUAUUGGUAAACACUGAGAAACUUGCCAUCGUCGACCGUUUUCAAGCUUUUGUCAAGCCUGUUUUAAAUCCAAUACUAACUCCCUUCUGCAAAACACUCACAGGAAUUGAACAGGAGCAAGUGGACAUUGCAGCGGAGUUUCCGGAAGUGUUGGCGCAGUUUGAACAGUGGCUCAGCAAGCAUAAACUUGGCACAAAAAACAAAUUUGCAAUGGUGACAGACGGGCCGUGGGACAUGGGCCGCUUCUUGUUUGGACAAUGUGAUAUAUCUAAUAUUGACUAUCCAAACUUUGGGAAGAAGUGGAUCAAUCUAAGAAAAUGUUUUUCACAAUUCUACAAAUGCGACAGAGUACUUCAGCAUAAAAUUAAACAAAAGAAGUUUAAGCUAAGACUACAGCUGAUGCUGGAGAAGCUAGGUAUGGAGUUUGAAGGUCAUCCGCACUGUGGUCUGGACGAUGCAACCAACAUCGCACACCUCCUCAUACGUAUGAUACAGGACGGAGCGUCCAUCGACAUCAAUGAGAGGAUACAGCUGAGGCACAAACUCACUCCGAAGAGUAAUGUAGAGAAUCAAGCCAAUUCUUCCAAUAAGCCUGCCUGGCCAGUGAAACCUCUACAUAACAACGCCUACUCCAGGACAUACUCACAAGCUCUUAAAGACAAACAGGCUGCAGCAGAGAAAGAGAAACAACCGACAAAUCACCAUCAUUAGUGUAUCCUGUUAUUGUCACCUUCAUAAACAAAGCAUGCUUUUUUACUGUUUUAAACUACAUUGAAAAUAAUUUUAAAAAUGUUAAGAAAGAUCUUAAGUAAAAAAAUAUAUAUUUAACUUAAAAAUUAAAAA